UUUUCUAGAGUUUCUAGGUUCUCCUGUGAAUCUCUCAAUGCUGCCAACAAUCCCUUCACUUCCAUCUUUUCACUGUUGCCUCUCUGCUUUAAUAGCAUCAAGCACAAAUGAGUGAUGCAUUCAGAUUCCCCCCGGGUCCCAAGUUGGCGAAUUGAGGUGUGAGAAUUGCAGAGGGAAAUGGAACAUUGCUAGAGGAGAAAGCUGCCCAAAGGCUUGUGAGACAAGGGAGCGAGCAAGCGAGAACUUUGGAGGCGGCGACCACCACGGAAAAAGGGAAAGCUGUCCAAUGCAACCAAAAUUCAAGAUGUAGUCUUCAAAUUUUCUCUACACACAGGUACUGAGUCAUUCAAAGGCCGGAAUGGACUGGUCUUCUUGAGGAAGGCUCGGGCUGUUGACGUGUUCGUGGUUUCGAGGUCAAUGUGGAGGAUUGAGCGGUUGACUUGGUGUUGGUAAAUGUAGAGCAUUGGGCUGGUUGGCCUCAAACAUUUUCGGCGAAGUAAUGGGUGAAUAAUCAUUAGAAUAGUGGCAGUUGACGGGGACAAGUUCGUCCAACGAGGGACUCUGCGAUAACUAGCGAAAGUGAUGUGACCCAAUGCCGAGUGCCCCAACGGAUUAUCACACCAUGGAACAAAGCGUUCAAGGCCAAAGAUUGUCCCCCACGUCCACCAAUAAGGGUCUUCUGGACCUGGUGAUCAAGAUCCAAGACAAGAAUGCCGAUGACAUUCAGAAGGAGAUCAAUAAACAUCUGGCUGAAGCUACUGGAGCCGAGGUGUGCUUUAUCGUUCCAUCUCGAUUCAUCGAUGUCCACCAGGAUUCUCAACGCAUGCUUUAUCUCUCCGUGAUUGGAACGGAAGCCAGGAAAUCCCCAAUUCGAUUGGAGGGCGAUGAGUUCUUGUUCCCCGAGGAGAAAGCUUUCGCUUCACUGACGAAACCUCAGUUUCUGGAUGACCUGACCGCGAGACAAAUUGAAACUUUGGAGGGUAUUCUGUCCACGUCCAUUCAGUCCUUGAUGGCGGUUCCGAUCCAAAGAAGAUUUAGCCCCACCACCACGCCCCAUGCUCACGAUCAACAGUGGUCUGGGGUGGAUUGUGCCAAAUAUGAGACGCCUUUGAUCACCUGCCUAGUGAACAAACCUACAGAAUUCAAUCAGAGUGAUAUCAACAUUGUCCAAGAGUGCCUUGAAGUGACCAAUGGUUUGCUGCUGAACACUUUGGCUUUGGAGGAAGAAAAACGUUUAAAACAACAAUGCCAAUCCCUCCUCUCCGUUGCCAGAAAAUUGUUCACUCACCUCGACGAUGUGAGCACAUUGCUUCGUCUGAUCAUGUCCGAGGCUCGAUCCUUGACCCAAGCUGCCAGGUGUUCCUUGUUUCUGCUGGACAACAAGUCCAAUGAACUCAUUGCCAAGGUCUUCGAUGGAGACACUAUGGAGGCGAGCUCGAACAAAUCGGGGGCCAACCACAAAACCAGGGCCCUUACGCCAACCAGAAAUGGAUCGCCAGAGAAUGGCCUCGAGGUCCGUCUGCCUUGCGAUAAGGGAAUCGCGGGUUACGUAGCCAGAACUGGAGAGAUGCUGAAUAUACGGGAUGCUCAAAGCCAUCCACUCUUUUAUCGCAAUAUUGACCAAGUAACUGGAUUCAAAACAAGGUCUAUUUUGUGCUUUCCCAUCAAAGAUGACCAAAAGGUCAUCGGAGUGGCCGAGCUUUGUAACAAGACCACGGGUAGCCAUUUCACCACGUUUGAUGAAGAGAUUGCCUCGGCUUUCAGUGCCUACUGCGGCAUUUCUAUUCUCCACAGCUUCAUGUACAAGAAGGUGGCAGAUGCCCAAUAUCGUAGCAAACUGUCCAAUGAGCUCAUGAUGUAUCACAUGAAGCAACACUCGCACACUAGACCGGAUCAACUAUUGAGCUUUCAGGUUAUGGAGGAGGAUGUCAAUAAACUGGUUCUCGAAUCCAUUCCGUCGAUCAUGGACAUUGAUCGGGAUUUCUGCAAAUUUACCUUCGUCCCCAGGGUCAUUGAGGAGACUCGAACCCCGGCUGUGGUCUUCUCCAUGAUGCAACAUCUGGGCUUUAUAAACAAGUUUCGCAUCAGCAAUGACAAUCUGGCCCGCUUCAUUCUGAUGGUUCGUCGAGGUUAUCGUGACCCGCCCUAUCACAAUUGGAUGCACGCCUUCUCUGUGGCUCAUUUCUGCUUCCUUCUGGUUCAAAAUCUAAGAUUGGCCGAACAAAAACUGAUCAGCGACCUCGAGUGCCUUGCCCUAUUCAUGGCUUGUCUUUGUCACGACCUCGAUCAUCGUGGAACCAAUAACAAUUUCCAAGUCACUUCCAAUUCGGUCUUGGCUGCUCUGUACUCCUCCGAAGGGAGCGUCAUGGAGCGCCACCAUUUUGCCCAAGCCAUGUGCAUUCUCAACACUGAAGGUUGCAACAUCUUGGAAUCCUUGAACCAAAAGGAGUACAUGCAAUGUCUGGACCUGCUCCGGGAUAUCAUUCUGGCGACGGAUUUAGCCCAACAUCUUCGAAUUAAGAAUGAGCUCAAGGUUAUGGUUUCCCAAGGCUACAAUCCCCAUCAGGAACGACAUCACGAAUUGCUCUUAUCUCUUUUGAUGACGGCGUGUGAUUUGUCGGACCAAGCCAAGGAUUGGCCCAACUCCAAAAACAUUGCUGAAUGCGUCUACUCGGAGUUUUUCUCUCAAGGAGACCUUGAAAAGGCCAUGGGCAAUAAACCUCAGGAAAUGAUGGACCGUGAUAGAGCGUACAUUCCAACGUUGCAAAUCGAAUUCUUGGACCACAUCGCCCUACCUGUUUACCACGACCUCAAAUCUUUGUUCCCCGAGGCCAGUUUACCGUACAAAUCGGUCUCCACUAACCGUGUAUGUUGGGGUCGUGCUCACGAGCUUCUGCAGAAACGCGGCCAUAUUGGAAUAACGGGCAACGUCAAAGACAUCUUCAGAGACAAAAGCAUGGACAAAGAAAUCCACGAAUUGGCCAAUUCAUUGGAAUAAAAGCCCCCACGUGUCCGAGGAUUGGAAGAUGUUGGGCUUGUACCGUAAACCCGUCUGUUUGAGAGAUUGCAAGUGACUCUAAAUGUGCAAUGAGAAAGUAUUUAUUUUCAUGGAAAAUAUAUCAAGAAUACCACGCGC